AUGGAUAGCUGCCGGAAGAAGUUAUCUUUUAAGAUCUCAAAGCCUUCAAAAGUUUUCUCCCCGCCCACAUGUCUGCAUCAAAGAGAUUUGACACUCACACCUCAGGCGGUGUCACCCAAAGCACAUUUGCCUUUCAACGACUCCCCUGGAUCAAGCCGCUUUGGUGUGCUAAGUCUGAACACCCCAAAGAGGAAAUCGGAGGCAAGUUUUGACACUGGUGGUUCUCAAGGCAAAGUAGAGCUGAGGAAGCGGACCAGGAAGAGUUUUGAAGCGUUCACAUUACAGGAAGCCAAUCAGCCAGAGUCCACACAGGGUGACGUAUCCCCUCUUCCCACUCAUUCUUUCAUCAACAAAAAGGACAGGACACCAGAGGAGGGCUCUAAGGCAAUAUACACGAUGGCAUUAUUGGCAGCCAUAGGCAGCAGUGGCUUGAAGACCACUCCUUCAAAAUUCAACGCUGACGCUGUUACAAGCCCUCAUGUGAAGACUGAAGAACACUGUCAGGCUUUGCUUUCAACUCGUUCCUCCAAGUCGCUUCGGCUGGGGAAAAAAAGUGAUGUCAUUGGAGAUCAGUGCUCAGCUUCCCAGGCUCUUGUGGUUUCAGUUGAACAAAAGGAUGAUGCAGUGCCUCAAACAAGUGGAAGGGUUGUUCUGGAAGACGUUGGAGUGAAUCCUCAUUACUCCCAAGACGUCUCUGCUUCUGCAUUUGAACCACAAGCUCAGGACAUUGAGACUUCAUGUCCUCCUCUUGAGUAUAUUCCAGAUCCCUUUUCUUAUUGGAUGGCUCUUCAGGGUGACUCCCCCAAUGGCUGGAACUUUCAGAGUUCACUAGUUAAUAAUAGCUUUGGUGAUACACCUUCUUCAUCCCCAAGAUUAAACACUGGAGACUCGAGUGCUGUAAUGAGAUCUUUCCCUGUAUCGGAAAGGACAGUUUCCCUGCAAGAGCAGCAAAAAGAAAUAAACCCUUCAGCGGUGGCCACAGUCUAUCAAGAGACCCUAAAACCCCAGGCUCUGGACUUCUCAAACCUGAUGGACACCUUUGCUUUGCCAAGACUUUCCAUCUCUACAGAAAAUACCUCCAGAGCAUUAAGGCAUUCAUACGGUGGCUCUUCUGUUCAUUCUCCCCGCUACGCAUUUCAGCAUGAUGGCACACCUAGUAUUACCAGACGGUCCGUGGGGAAUCCUCAACCCACGUGGUCAAGUUACCCCCACAGUGCUAGGGGCUUCAUAGACUCGCACUGCCAUCUUGACAUGCUUUACGGAAAACUGCGCUUUCGCGGCUCAUUCAGACACUUCCGAAGUAUUUACUGCAACAGCUUUCCAUCAGAGUUUCAAGGCUGCAUUGCGGACUUUUGCAACCCACGGCUCAUGUCCAAGGAAGCUUUGUGGAAGGGUCUACUCGAUGAGGACAUGGUCUGGGGGGCUUUUGGGUGCCACCCACAUUUUGCUCACGAGUACUGCAGCGCCAGAGAACAGAGUAUACUGAAAGCCAUGGGGCAUCCAAAAGCUGUGGCGUUUGGUGAAAUGGGUUUGGAUUACUCCCACAAAAACUCUACAUGCGUCUUUAAGCAAAAAGAGGUGUUUGAGAGGCAACUGCAGUGGGCUGUGGCUAUGAACAAGCCUGUGGUCAUCCAUUGCAGGGAUGCAGAUGACGACCUAAUGACAAUCCUAAAGAAGUGUGUCCCUAGAGAUUACAAAAUUCACAGACACUGUUUCACAAACAGCUAUGCGGUGAUCCAGCCCUUCCUGGAAGAGUUUCCCAACAUGUAUGUGGGCUUCACAGCCUUGAUAACAUAUUCAAGUGCCAUGGAGGCUAGAGACGCCGUUCGUAAAAUUCCUCUUGAUCGCAUUGUGUUGGAGACAGACGCGCCAUAUUUCCUGCCAAGACUGGUGAACAGAGACCAAUGCAGAUUUUCCCAUCCGGGACUGGGUAUCCAUACUUUGCAGGAGUUGAGUCUGCUUAAAGGUGAAGACAUGCCUACCGUGCUCUCCACCAUAAGAAACAACACCACUCAACUUUACUGCAUCUGA